UUCUGUUAUUUCUUAUUGUAGCUGAGUGAGCUGUGACUUACAUCUAAAAUGAGUCUCUCUGGGGAGAGAGAGGAGGAGACCACUGCCUCUAAAAUGAGUCUCUCUGGGGAGAGAGAGGAGAAGACCACUGCCUCUAAAAUGAGUCUCUCUGGGGAGAUAGAGGAGGGGACCACUGCCUCUAAAAUGAGUCUCUCUGGGGAGAGAGAGGAGGGGACCACUGCCUCUAAAAUGAGUCUCUCUGGGGAGAUAGAGGAGGGGACCACUGCCUCUAAAAUGAGUCUCUCUGGGGAGAGAGAGGUGGAGACCACUGCCUCUAAAAUGAGUAUCUCUGGGGAGAGAGAGGAGGAGACCACUGCCUCCAAAAUGAUUCAAGACACCAGUUCUAAGAGUGUCCAGACGCCCAGAGCAGAGUCACCUACAACCAGCCUGCUAUCAAUGAAGAGUGAUCAGCCACCUGAUUUCAGCCAGGAACCAUUACCAGAUGACAAUAAGGAAGUGGAGAGUUUGGGCAGUGAGGAUGCAUUAAAGAUCACACACAACCUUCUGGACAGAAGAAGUCAAACUCUGCUGACAGUCCAACAAGACAUUAAGGCUAAACUGAAACACAAGUAUCAACACAUAUCUGAAGGAAUUGGACACCAUGGAAACCAAAGUCUGUUCAAGGACAUCUACACAGAGCUCUACAUCACAGAGGGUGGAAGUGGAGGGCUCAAUAAUGAACAUGAGGUUAGACAGAUAGAGAUGGCAUCCAAGAAACAAACCACACAAGAGACACCAAUCAAAUGCAACGACAUCUUCAAGACUUUACCUGGACAAGACAAACCUAUCAGAACUGUGCUGACAAAAGGAAUCGCUGGCAUUGGAAAAACAGUCUCUGUGCAGAAGGUCAUCCUUGACUGGGCAGAGGGAAAAGCAAAUCAGGACGUUCAUUUCAUGUUUCCUCUUCCUUUCCGUGAUCUGAACCUGAAAAAGGACCAAUACAGUCUGAUGCAACUUCUUUCCCACUUCUUCUCAGAGCUGAAAAAGAUUGACAGCAUUGAAGAUGGUGAAACCAAAACUGUUUUCAUUUUUGAUGGUCUGGAUGAGUGUCGACUUCCUCUAGACUUCAAAAACAAUGAGAAGUGCUGUGAUGUCAUGAAGCCAACCUCAGUGGACGUGCUGCUGACAAACCUCAUCGAGGGGACUGUGCUUCCCUCUGCUCUCCUCUGGAUAACCUCACGGCCUGCAGCAGCCAAUCAGAUCCCUCCUGAGUGUAUUGACAAGGUGACAGAGGUACGAGGGUUCAAUGAUCCACAUAAGGUGAAGUAUUUCAGGAAGAAAAUCACAGAUCAGAAUCUGGCCAAUGAAAUCAUCAAACACAUGAAGAAAUCAAGGAGCCUCCACAUCAUGUGCCACAUACCAGUCUUCUGUUGGAUAUCAGCCACUGUCCUUGAGAUGAUGCUGAAAGAGAAAGAGAAGGAUGAAGUCCCCAAAACUCUGACCCAGAUGUACUCACACUUCAUUCUCAUCCAAAUCAUUGUGAAGAACAAUAAGUACAACAAAGCCACAGAGACAAACCCAAAGGAACUGUCUCAGUCAGACAAAGAGAUGAUCCUGAAACUGGCAAAGCUGGCUUUCCAACAGCUGCAGAAGGGCAACCUGAUCUUCUAUGAGGAGGACCUGAGAGAGUGUGACCUUGAUGUCACAGAGGCAUCAGAGUACUCAGCAUUGUGUACAGAGAUCUUUAAAGAAGAAUCUGGGCUGUACCAAGAGAAGGUCUACAGCUUUGUACAUCUGAGCAUUCAGGAGUUUCUAGCAGCAGUUCAUGCUUUAGAAUCAUGUCUGGACAAGAAGGAAAAUGUGUUCUCCCCCAAAGCAGUCACUAAGGGUCAAGACAAUUAUGAAAAGAGCCGACACAAAUUCUGGUCAUACAAGUUGACGUCCGACAAGUUGACGUCCAACAAGUUGACAUCCGACAAGUUGACUUCCGACAAGUUGACUUCCGACAAGUUGACUUCCGACAAGUUGACGUCCGACAAGCUGACGUCCAACAAGUUGACGUCCGACAAGCUGACGUCCGACAAGUUGACAACCGACAAGUUGACGUCCGACAAGUUGACGUCCGACAAGUUGACGUCCAACAAGUUGACGUCCGACAAGCUGACGUCCGACAAGUUGACAACUGACAAGUUGACGUCCGACAAGUUGACGUCCGACAAGUUGACGUCCGACAAGUUGACAACUGACAAGUUGACGUCCGACAAGUUGAUGUCCGACAAGCUGACGUCCGACAAGUUGACAACUGACAAGUUGACGUCCGACAAGUUGACGUCCGACAAGUUGACGUCCGACAAGUUGACGUCCGACAAGUUGACAUCCGACAAGUUGACGUCCGACAAGUUGACAACUGACAAGUUGACGUCCGACAAGUUGACGUCCGACAAGUUGACGUCCGACAAGUUGACAACUGACAAGUUGACAUCCGACAAGUUGACAACUGACAAGUUGACGUCCGACAAGUUGACAUCCGACAAGUUGACGUCCGACAAGUUGACGUCCGACAAGUUGACGUCCGACAAGCUGACGUCCGACAAGUUGAGGUCAGACGAUGAUGAUGAUUCCGAUGAUGAUGAAGAAGAAAAUGAUGACGACGAUGAAGAGGAGUCAAUCCAGUUGUCUGACUUACACAGGAGAGCAGUGGACCAGGCCUUGAAGAGUGAGAAUGGACACCUGGACCUGUUCCUCCGCUUCCUUCUGGGUCUCUCACUGGAGUCCAAUCAGAAUCUGUUACGAGGCCUUCUAACACAGGUAGGAAGUACAACACAGACCAAUGAGGAAACAGCUGAGAGAACAGUCAGGUACCUUUCAGACAAGAUCAACCAGGAAUCCUCACCAGAAAGGAUCAUCAACUUGUUCCACUGUCUGAAUGAACUUGGUGCCAACUCUCUAGUUGAAGACAUGCAGACCUCCCUGCGAUCAGGAACUCUUUCAGAAACAAGACUAAAACCUGACCAAUGCUCGGCCCUGGCCUACCUGUUACUGAUGUCAGAGGAGGUGCUGGAGGAGUUUGACCUGAAGACAUACAACACAUCAAAGGAAGGUUGUCAGAGGUUGCUGCCGGUAGUGAAAACCUGCAGGAGAGCACGACUGGAUCACUGUAAACUCACAUAUGAAUCCUGGGAGACUCUGACCUCAGCUCUGCAGACACCAAACUCCCCCCUGAGAGAACUGGACCUCAGCUACAAUGACCUGGGAGACAGAGGAGUGGAGCUGCUCUGUGUUGGACUAACCAGUCCACUCUGCAACAUACAGACACUAGUUCUGGGUCAGUGUGGUCUGACAGAGGGUUGCUGUUCACAUCUGGCCUCUGUCCUGAGUUCACCCAACUCACAACUGAAACAACUGGAGCUGAGAGACAAUGACCUGCAGGACUCAGGAGUUACACUGCUGUCUGCUGGACUGGAGGAUCCAGGCUGUAAACUACACACACUGGGGUCGGUACUGAGCUUAGUUACACUGCUGUCUGCUGGACUGGAGGAUCCAGGCUGUAAACUACACACACUGGGGCUGUCUGGCUGUCUGGUCACAGAGGAGGGCUGUGCUGCUCUGUCUUCAGCUCUGAGGUCAAACCCCUCCCACCUGAAAGAGCUGGACCUGAGCUACAAUCACCCAGGAGACUCUGCAGGAGGACUGCUUUCAGCUGCUCUGAUGGAUCCCACAUCUAAACUGAUGAAGCUGAAUGUGGAUCAUGGUGGAGAGUGCUGGCUGAAAUCAGGGCUGAGGAAAUAUGCCUGUCAUCUCACCCUGGACCCAAACACAGCAAACCCAAACCUGAUACUGUCUGAGGGAAACAGGAAGGUGACAUUGUUGGUGGAGAAGCAGCAUUAUGAAGACCAUCCAGACAGAUUUGACGCAUAUCCCCAAGUUCUCUGCAGACAAGGCUUAUCUGGAUGUCGUUAUUACUGGGAGGUGGAGAGGGAUGGUGACUGGGCUGACAUUGGCGUGGUGUACAAAGGAAUGAAGAGGAAGGGAAGGGAGGAUGACAGUUGGAUUGGACUCAAUAGGAAGUCUUGGUGUUUAUACUGCUAUGAUAGUGCUUAUGAAUUUAUCCAAGCUGGAGUUAGCAGAUCCAUCUCUGGUCCUGUUUCUAACAGAGUUGGAGUGUUUCUGGACUGGUCAGCUGGUACUUUGUCCUUCUAUAGUGUGUCCUCCUCUGGUACACUGACACACCUCUACACAGAACACACCACAUUCACUGAACCCCUCUAUCCUGGGUUUGGGGUUUCCUCCUCAGUGACCCUGUGUCAGAUAGAUGACCAACACAUUCAGAGAGAACAUGGUGGAGAGAGUUGGAUCAAGCCUGGACCUGAGGACACCAGAGACCAUGGUGGAGAGUGUUGGAUCAAGCCUGAACCUGAGGACACCAGAGAACAUGGUGGACACUGUUGGAUCAAGUGUGGACCUGAGGACACCAGAGACCAUGGUGGAGAGUGUUGGAUCAAGCCUGGACCUGAGAACACCAGAGACCAUGGUGGAGAGUGUUGGAUCAAGUCUGGACCUGAGGACACCAGAGACCAUGGUGGAGAGAGUUGGAUCAAGCCUGGACCUGAGAACACCAGAGACCAUGGUGGAGAGUGUUGGAUCAAGCCUGGACCUGAGGACACCAGAGAACAUGGUGGACAGUGUUGGAUCAAGUCUGGACCUGAGGACACCAGAGACCAUGGUGGAGAGUGUUGGAUCAAGCCUGGACCUGAGAACACCAGAGACCAUGGUGGAGAGUGUUGGAUCAAGUCUGGACCUGAGGACACCAGAGACCAUGGUAGAGAGAGUUGGAUCAAGCCUGGACCUGAGAACACCAGAGACCAUGGUGGAGAGUGUUGGAUCAAGCCUGGACCUGAGAACACCAGAGACAAUGGUGGAGAGUGUUGGAUCAAGUCUGGACCUGAGGACACCAGAUACCAUGGUGGAGAGUGUUGGAUCAAGCCUGGACCUGAGAACAACAGAGACCAUGGUGGACAGUGUUGGAUCAAGCCUGGACCUGAGAACACCAGAGACCAUGGUGGAGAGUGUUGGAUCAAGCCUGGACCUGAGAACACCAGAGACCAUGGAGGAGAGUGUUGGAUCAAGCCUGGACCUGAGAAAUGGAUUCCUCAGAGCUGUAAGACUUGUGACCAUGUUGAGGACUCCACACACUGGCUUCAGAUUGAACCCUUGACUUCCACUGUCCAGGGAGUGACAAUGUUCAGGCACAGGACACCCAAAGGGAGUUAUGAGUGCACAGUGUCUGGGCUCCGCUGGCUGUGUGAGAGAGAUGUCAUUCUGAAGUAUCACUUCAGGAACUGGGAACCGUACAGUCAACUUCUGAAUGACAUGCAGUACACACAAGGUGGUCCAUUGCUGGACAUCACUAUGGAGUUAGGUGAACUGGAGGAAGUUCAUCUGCCACACUUUGUCUGUUUAGGGACCAACCCUUCCCUGAGGAAUGAGAUGAAGAUUCUUCAUGUAGAGGAACAUGGAGUGUCUUUAGAGGAAGUGCAUGAGGUCACCAGAUUCCAUGCUAAGAUUCUCCAUCCCAAGUUCUCAGCUAUCUCUCUGAUACUGAGAUUACUGUCUUGGAACGUAGAUGUCCACUGUGAUGUGGUCCUCUAUUUGGCAGUAAAAAGGUCAACAGUAAUUUCAAGGCUGUACCUGCUCCUCAGAAACUCCAGUCAGAAAGAGGCUGUUCAGGAACGGGAGAAAAAUCAGCUGUCCCAAGGAUAUUCAGAAUUGGUCCUGUCAAGUCCAAAUGGGUCCUUAAAGCUGAACAGUUGGUUUGCACUCAAGAAUCCCCACUCCACUUCCAUCAAUCCAGAGAAGAUUCAGGUGUUACCUGCAGACACCACACCAAGCUGUUGUCAGAUGGUUAUGGGAAACACAGGGGUUGACAUUGAGAUGGAGUUAAUCGGGGAUGAUGAGAGGACAGUAUGGAAAUCAGUGGUAUCAAAAGACGUAUACAGCAACGAUUCUCAUCCAAUAUCAUUAACAGUCCCUGGGAUUCCUGCUGAGGAGUUUCUGAAGAAACACAGGGCUGUACUCAUUCAGGGAGUCAAAAACCCAAUGCCGAUAGCAGAUGUUCUGUCAUCAAAGGGCAUGAUUGGUGAUGAAGAGUACUCCAGAAUAACAGCUGAAACAACUGAACAGGAGCGAAUGAGAGAACUACUGAAUGCAGUCCUCCCUAAAGGACCAGAAGUGAUGGGAGCUUGUCUCAAAGCUCUCAGUGAACAUGAACACCAUCUUGUUAAGCACUUGAGUGAAUCUAGCACCUAAUCUGAAGAUGCUGAGGCCUGUCUCCUAGUCUGUGGACAAAGACACUUCUCCACCUAAUCUGAAGAUGCUGAGGCCUGUCUCCUAGUCUGUGGACAAAGACACUUCUCCACCUAAUCUGAAGAUGCUGAGGCCUGUCUCCUAGUCUGUGGACAAAGACGCUUCUCCACCUAAUCUGAAGAUGCUGAGGCCUGUCUCCUAGUCUGUGGACAAAGACACUUCUCCACCUAAUCUGAAGAUGCUGAGGCCUGUCUCCUAGUCUGUGGGCAAAGACACUUCUCCACCUAAUCUGAAGAUGCUGAGGCCUGUCUCCUAGUCUGUGGACAAAGACACUUCUCCACCUAAUCUGAAGAUGCUGAGGCCUGUCUCCUAGUCUGUGGACAAAGACACUUAAAUUAUUGUUAGGGAAAUUAUGUUUGCUUUUCUUUUAACAAAUGUCUGUAUUUUAUUCAUGUGCUGUUCUAUAAACAAAUUUGUGUGUUCAUCAAGUGUCUGACGAGAUAUCUCAGUUUCAAGGUCUCAUCUUAGAGAGAAGAAGACUGGUGAGGUGUUGGUCUGUCAAAUGCUAUGAACCAGUAUUGCGGUUAGCUAGUUGCGAGGAUCCAGAUGAAAAUGUUCAGAGUUUGCGGUAGGAAUCCGGGGAUAUGGAGAGAAAAAUAGGUACUUUAUGCUCUGGUUUGAGUCACGUUGUACGAACUGGCGAGAGCUUUCCGAGCUAAAGGUUAGCUGAUGACCACUAGCAGUGGUUUGCUGACUGAUAGCUGGUAGCUGGCUAGCUUCAGUUGAGGGAUUCCAGAUUCCAGAUUCCAGUAGAAAUACUUUAGAAAAAAAAACAGAUCCACGCCACAUUGGGUGAGGCUGGUUGCAGGAGAGUAUUUAGAAGUUGAGGUUUAAGAAAAUAUUUUUAAAAGAAUUUGAAUAAAAAUAUAUACAGAAGGAACACGACAGGACAAAGACGUCUGACUGCUACGCCAUCUUGGAUUUAUGUUGGAUCUUUCUGUUGGAUAUCUUGGAUAAUGUUUGGUUAUUUGUAUUACUGCUGUUACCAUGGCAAUUAUCUAGUAACAAUUACUUUUAAUGCUGUUAACAAAUGUCAAUGCUAUAUUAUUAUUUGUGCUAUAAAGAAUAUUGACUUCAUUGCGUUUUUCAUAUUGUUAAACAACAUUCUAAGUCUGCUAACAUUUCCUCAUAAAAUGUUACACAUUUCAACCAUUUGUAUUAUUUUUCAUCAUCAUCACUGCGGGACUUUUAUUUUGAAGGAAAAUCACAGAGAUCACAACCUUAUUUUCUUGCUAGGUCUUCUUACUGGCAGAACGGAGGUGAAGCGAAGCAGCGGCACCAUUGAGCUAUAAUAAGAGACACUUUCCUCUACUUCCUUAUUAAUGGACUUCCUGUUUCAACACAGUGGGCGGAUUCAACACCUAUAGGUUUAUUUGUUGAUAUUUAUGUCAUGUAAAGUCUUCAUACACUUAAUACCAGUAUUCAGCCUAUAAAUUAAGAUUCUAACUAGUAAAA